CGGCGUCACGGAACAAUUCAAAACCGCAUGUGUAGUCCUCCUUUCACUCCUCCAGCUUACAGCACGGUUUGCAAGAGGCAACAUGGACAAGCAAGUGUUAGUUUUCUUAGCAUUCCUAGGCCUAGCAUCGGCCAAAGUCUACUUUCAAGAUGGAUUUGAAGACGAGAGCUGGGAAAAAAGGUGGACAUAUUCGACAAGUAAAGGUAGUGAUGCAGGCAAAUUCAAACUUAGUGCUGGAAAGUUCUAUGGUGACAAAGACAAAGAUUUAGGCAUACAGACCUCAGAAGAUGCAAAGUUCUAUCAGUUAACAUCAAAGAUAGAUCCCUCAUUUUCCAGCAAAGGUAAGAAGCUUGUCUUGCAGUUCUCAGUUAAGCAUGAGCAAAGCAUUGACUGUGGAGGUGGCUACAUUAAGCUUUUCCCUGCUGAUAUUGUACCUGACAAGAUGUCUGGUGACUCUCCAUACUAUGUCAUGUUUGGCCCUGACAUCUGCGGUCCAGGAACCAAGAAGGUCCAUGUUAUUUUUGGAUACAAAGGUAAUAAUUUGUUGACAAAGAAAGACAUCAGAUGCAAGGAUGAUGAAUUUACGCAUCUCUACACUUUGAUUGUAAACCCAGACAAGACUUACGAAGUCAGGAUUGAUAAUGAGAAGGUGGAAAGUGGAGACUUAGAAGCAGACUGGGAUUUCCUGGCACCCAAGAAGAUCAAGGAUCCUAGUGCAAAGAAGCCAGAAGACUGGGACGACAGAGCAAAGAUUGAUGAUCCAGAUGACAAGAAGCCAGAGGACUGGGACAAGCCAGAGUUGAUCAAAGACCCAGAUGCAAAGAAACCUGAUGACUGGGAUGAUGAAGAAGAUGGUGAAUGGGAGCCACCAAUGAUUAGUAACCCUGAAUACAAGGGUGAAUGGAAGCCAAAACAAAUUGAUAAUCCUGCCUACAAAGGAGAAUGGGUUCACCCAGAGAUUGACAACCCUGACUACAAGGAAGACCCAGAAAUUGGACAAUUUGAUAACAUUGGUCAUGUUGGUUUCGAGAUCUGGCAGGUUAAAUCAGGCACCAUCUUUGACAACAUCCUUGUUACUGAUGACAUUGCUGAGGCUGAGAAGGAAGCAAAAGACCUUUUUGAAGCCACUAAGGAAGGAGAGAAGAAAAUGAAAGACAAGCAAGAUGAAGAAGAACGUAAGAAGCAAGAAGAAGAAGAGAAGAAAAGAAAGGAAGAAGAGGACAAGAAGAAGUCUGAGAAAGCUGCAGAGGAGCCAGAGGAGGAAGAGGAAGAUGAUGAAGAGGAAGGUGAGAAGAAGGAUGAGAAAUCAAGUGAGGGGAAAGAGGAAGUAAAAGAAGCUGAAGAAGCAAAAGAAGCUGAAGAAGCAAAAGAUGAGAAACCAAGUGAGGAGGAGAAGACUGAAGAAGACAAAAGUGAUGAAGAUAAGACCGAAGAAGAACAGAAGGAAACACAUGACGAGCUGUAGACAGUUGUAAUUAUGAUAGAGAAUUUCAAAUUUGAUUAAUGGUCAUCCAUAGAGAGAACAUGUGUUUCUAAUGGACAAUGAGAUGCAUGUAAAGCAGGUUGGCCUGGUAGCCCAGUACAGGCACUUAAAUGUAGUAAUUUCCAAUCAAAUUAUGAUGAAAAUCAAUUGCUAAUGCUGCUAUCAGACUGCACUGAGACUAAAACAUAGUAAGGGCUAUUUGUUCAAAGAGUGUUCCACCUUGAAAGAAAGUCAUUCACAUCCUUAAUCUUCUUAAGUUCCAAAGAUAGAUUAAGAGAAAGAUUUGAUUUGAAAAAUAUUUUAGCCCAGUAUUUAUGCUGCAGUUUCUAGAUGUUCAAAUGUUUUCCUUGCAUUUUUUUGCUUUAUAACCAUGACGGUUCCUUUUAACAUCCUUUCAAAGUUGAAUUAUUUCUGUGAGCGAAUUGGCAGAAUCUUUUAGCAGUCAAUGCUUUUUAUUUAGAAGUUUAGAGAGAAAGUAUGAAUGAAUUCAGGGUAUGGUGCACAGCAAGUAAAUGCCUUAGAGUUUUGUAAUUUAAUGUCUUGAACAAAUAUUAUGUUUGCGUCUAUAGAAGUAUGUUUCUGGUUAAGUUGCAGUUGUUGUCUUGCCAAUUAAAUUAAACAACUACAAAGA